AUGGAGUUAUUUAAGCUUCUGGGGUUAAUUUUAUUUCUUACCAUUUCCUAUAUCGCCUUUGCGAUUAUUGUCCCUCCUCUGAAUUUUCCCAAAAAUAUACCCACCAUCCCAUUUUACGUGGUAUUCUUACCGGUGGUAUUUCCCAUUGAUCAGACGGAACUAUAUGAUCUAUAUAUUAGAGAAUCAAUGGAAAAAUACGGCGCUGUGAAAUUUUUCUUUGGUUCACGCUGGAACAUUCUCGUUUCUCGUUCUGAGUAUCUAGCACAAAUAUUCAAAGAUGAGGAUACUUUUGCGAAGAGCGGCAAUCAGAAGAAAAUUCCAUACAGUGCUCUCGCCGCUUAUACAGGGGAUAACGUCAUUAGCGCGCAUGGUGCAGUUUGGAGGGACUACAGAAAUGCUGUGACAAAUGGGCUGCAGCAUUUUGACGAUACACCUAUAUUCAAAAAUGCGAAGCUUUUAUGCACUUUGAUUAAAAGAAGACUUCAAGAAGGACAGCUUUCAAUCCAGAUGGGGCCUUUAUCUCAGAGAUUGGCAUUGGAUAACAUUUCUCAGGUCGCCCUUGGAUUCGAUUUUGGUACUUUAAAACAUGAAAAAAAUGCUUUUCAUGAGCAUUUAAUUCGUAUCAAGAAGCAAAUAUUUCAUCCAUUCUUUUUAACUUUUCCAUUCCUUGAUUUACUUCCAAUUCCUUCAAGAAAAAAGGCUUUCAAGGAUGUUGCUAGUUUUAGAGAGCUUCUCGUCAAAAGAGUCCAAGAUGAAUUGGUUAAUACUUAUAAAUUUGAACAAACGACUUUUGCCGCUAGUGAUCUCAUUCGAGCUCAUAAUAACGAAAUAAUCGACUACAGACAGUUGACCGACAACAUCGUCAUCAUCCUUGUUGCUGGCCACGAAAACCCGCAGUUGCUGUUUAGUACUUCAUUAUACCUUCUGGCUAAAUAUUCAAAUGUGUGGCAGGAGAGGCUCAGACAGGAAGUAAAUGGCGUCACAGAUCCAAAAAUCUUAGCCGAUUUACCCCUAUUAAACGCGUUUCUUUUGGAAGCAGUAAGAUUGUAUCCUCCUUUGAGCACCAUUAUCAAUAGGUGCACUACUAGAACAUGCAAACUGGGGCCAGAAAUUGUUAUACCCAAGGGUGUAUAUGUAGGAUACAACAAUUUUGGAACAUCACAUGAUCCUAGAACUUGGGGCGCAACUGCAGAUGAUUUUAAACCAGAAAGGUGGGGUUCAGAUAUUGAAACUAUAAGGAAAAACUGGAGAAUGGCCAAGAACAGAUGUUCUGUGACCGGGUUUCAUGGAGGCCGAAGAGCAUGCUUGGGAGAAAAAUUGGCUUUAACAGAAAUGAGGAUUACAUUAGCUGAAAUGUUGAAACAGUUUCGAUGGAGCCUUGACCCUGAAUGGGAAGAAAAACUAACUCCUGCAGGGCCUCUUUGUCCUUUAAAUUUGAAGUUAAAAUUCACCGAAAAUAUAACGGAAUAA